UGCGAGGAACAUGCUCCGUCCAAACUCGGAGCGCCGCCAUUCCCGAUAUGCCGUCCACCUACCUGGCUCCCGAGUUCCUUGCUGCUUGUGCUCACAUCCGCUUCAUUCUCCCUCUGUCGCGCACACUCCCUUACGGCAAUUUACCUGCACCAGUCAGUCAUUUCCGGUAAGCCACCUGGCCGACCGUUGAUGCGGGGUAUCAGCGCCCUGCGCCCCGCUUGCAUCUUCGCAAACCCGCAAGCUGCCGCACGCAAUCGCCGCUCAUCCUAUUGCUCACCCUCAUUCUCGACAACGCCAGUUGCCGCUGCCAUACAUUCAUCCCACCGCCGCGCUCACGCCCCAACACACCAACACCAUCCAUCAGCCCCCACCAAACUCCAUCGUCCCGCCAGGAUGACCAAAACCCAGGAACCGGUCAUCACCUCGGUGGCCGACCUGCCCACCUCCGAGGCAAAGUGGGUGACGCUGCAAAAGAUCUCCUACAUCGACCAGACCGGCACGCCGCGCACGUGGGAGGUGGCGUCGCGCAAGACGCGCGCGGCGUCGGCGGGCGUGGACGCGGUGGCCAUGGGCAACGUGCUGCUGCACCCGGCGCGCCCGCCCGCGACGCUGCUGGUCAUCCAGUACCGCCCGCCGCUGGACGCCUACACGGUCGAGUGGCCGGCCGGGCUGGUCGACGAGGGCGAGACGGCCGAGCAGGCGGCCGUGCGCGAGUUCCGGGAGGAGACGGGUUACGCGUGCGAGGUCGUCGGCGUCAGCCCCGUGCAGGCGGCCGACCCCGGGCUGAGCAGCGCCAAUAUGCAGCUUGUCAUGGUGGAGGUGCGGCUCGGCGAGGAGGAGGCGCUGCCGGAGCAAAGGCUCGAGGAUGGCGAGCAUAUCCAGCGGGUUGUCGUGCCGCUGGCUGAGCUGUAUGACCGGCUGAUGGAGUACAGCAGGAGGGAGCGGACGGUGGUCUCGGCGAAGUUGUUCCAUUUUGCGGCGGGGAUGCAUUUCGCGAAGACACAGGCGGAGAAGUACGGGAUAUGAGACGGCGCGGCAUGAUGGUCACGGAUGAGGUGGCGGUCUCCUGGACAGAGACACCUGCCAGGGCUGAACUUCCAAGCUCUCCGCGGUG